CGCACCCGUUUCUGCAUGGCGGGGUAGAUUUCCCUAGCAAAAACAUCAUUCCUCUCUCCUCCAAAACUCUGCGACAGGUGAUUCUGCAGAUCCUGAAUCAAGGCCACCACCACCACCACCACCGCCGCCUCCACGCAAUACACGAGACACUCAGGACCAAAAAAAAACGGGUUACCAACACUCUUUGGUCUUCCCUUACAUUUUUGCCCUGCGACCCCCCAAAACAAAUUCCUUCCAGUGUCUCCCUCCGCAACGCCAUCAUGUCCAAGUACGGCGUCAUGGUCAUGGGCCCUGCUGGGGCCGGCAAGUCCACCUUCUGCGCUUCCCUCAUCACCCACUUGAACCUUAACCGCCGAUCCGCCUUCUACGUCAACCUUGACCCGGCCGCCGAGUCAUUCGAGCACGCCCCCGACCUCGACAUCAAGGACCUUAUCUCCCUGCACGACGCCAUGGAGGAGGUCGGCCUCGGCCCCAACGGUGGCCUCAUCUAUUGUUUCGAGUUCCUCAUGGAGAAUCUCGACUUCCUCACCGAGGCCCUCGACAAUCUCACCGAAGAGUACCUUAUCAUCUUCGACAUGCCCGGCCAGAUCGAGCUCUACACCCACAUUCCCAUUCUCCCUGCCCUUGCCCGAUUUCUCUCCCAGCCUGGAUCCCUCGACAUCCGCCUCUGCGCGGCCUAUCUCCUCGAGGCCACCUUUGUUGUCGACCGCGCCAAGUUCUUCGCCGGCACCCUUAGCGCCAUGAGCGCCAUGAUCAUGCUCGAGAUCCCUCACAUUAACGUACUGUCCAAGAUGGACCUCGUCAAGGAUCAGGUGCGCAAAAAGGACAUGAAGCGCUUCCUCACCCCCGACACGGGCCUGCUGGACGAUGACCCCGUCGCUGCGGGAGGAGGGGAUCUGGACGACGGCCGCGGCGAGGUCCACGACCGUGAUCUCGUCAUGCGCGGCAAGAGCUUCCAGAGGCUAAAUAGAGCCGUCGCCGGGCUGAUCGAGAGCUUCAGCAUGGUAAACUACCUAAAGCUGGACAACACGGACGAGGACAGCGUCGGGGCGGUGCUGAGCUACAUUGAUGACAUCAUCCAGUAUCACGAGGCGCAGGAGCCCAAGGAGCUCAAGGACGGCGACUUCGACGAGCCCAAUGACGACUGAGCCCUAUCUGUCGACUGUGCAGAGAGAGUGAAUGGUCCAUCUGAUUGCCUCUUUGGGCUGGCUGUUAUACGCCCAACAACAGUGUCCUUAUUUUGCGGAAUAGAUGCCAGCUAGAAAACCAGGGCCCAGGUAGGGACGGGAGAAUCAUAGGCGUGGGAAAGGUACCAAGUAGAGAGGGGCAUGGUCGUUUGCAUAGCGUUGGCGUUGGUAUUGAUUUGUAUCCAUUGACUUAUUAUUCAUAAUCGUACUCGACGACAUUUCUUGGCGUUAUAUUUACCCCCUUCUGCCGCUCGUCGUGCUGCCCAUGUGCCUACCAACCCGGUCUAGACUGCAACGAUCACGUCCUCUCCAGGUCUGGCCGUGGCCUCAUGUAUCCAGUCUCAGACUUGUCCUGUGGUGGUGUCGCCUUUCCCUGUGACAUGGCUGCGUCGUGGAUCACCCAACUGACGGAUCCGUAUCAUGACACUCUCCGUAUACCAUCAUGUUGUUCCCCCUCCACUCAAACACAAUACAAUCUCUCCCUCGGGUAUAUCCCACAAUUCGUGUCUCCCAGCCAAUCUUCCCCUCUCCACCUCGUAUUAUCCCUCUCCUCUCC